AUGGGAGGACUACAGCACUGCGUUUUGUUAUUUCUGUUGCCCAUUGCGUUUGGCAUAGAUUUUCAAGAAUUGAAAUCGUCACAAAACGGGCAUGCCGUGCAUGAGAGAGUCCCUCUCUCUGCAAUAAGGCAUAUCAAAGAGAGAUCAGUUGCAGAUCUUUCUCUCCUAAAACACAAAAUCGACAAAAGAAGCACCGAUCCUAGAGGGGACACCUGUAAUGCUCUACAGGGAUAUGAAUCCAAGUUAUCCAACAACACACACAGUUAUACCUUCAAUGACUUGAGUGGAUCUGUGUCGCUGGCCUGGGUUGGAGACGGCACAGGGGUCCUCUUAGCUCUAACAACAUUUCAGGUGCCCCUUUUCUUGCUCAGACUUGGCCAGUCUAAGCUGUACAGAAGUGAGAAUUAUGGAAAGUCCUUUACAGAUGUCACAGACCUUAUCAAUAACACCUUAAUCAGAACUGAUUUUGGCAUUGCCAUUGGACCAGACAAUUCUGGAAAGGUGAUCCUCACAGGAGAUGUGUCAGGAGACAAGGGCUCCAGAAUCUUCCGCUCAAUGGACUUUGGCAAUAGCUUCACCCACACAGACCUCCCCUUCCACCCAUCCAUGCAAAUCAUGUACAAUCCCUCCGACUCCAACAUCCUAGUCUCCAUUAGCAUCACGAAUGACCUCUGGUUGUCAGUGGAUUUUGGAGAAAAUUGGAAGAAGAUCCAUGAGACUGUGUGUGUGGCAAAAUGGGGUAUGGACAACACUCUGUUCUUCACUGCCAACCUCAACGGAUCAUGCUAUGACAGAGGGAUGCUGGUGCUUAGAAAGACAGCGGACUAUGGAACCACCAUUAAGACAAUAGGAGAGAAGAUCUACUCCUUUGGAAUUGGAGGACGCUUUUUGUUUGCUUCAGUCAUGUCUGGUGAGGGCACUCUGCGAAGGAUCCAUGUGUCAGUAGAUCGGGGGGAGGCCUGGAACAUGGCCCAGCUUCCUCCUGUUGGCCACGAACAGUUUUAUUCCAUACUGGCAGCCAAUGACGAGAUGGUCUUCAUGCACGUGGAUGAACCUGGAGACACGGGCUUUGGCACCAUCUAUGUGUCAGAUGAUCGCGGUACUGUUUACUCCAAGUCUUUGGAGCGCCACCUCUACACAGCUACAGGAGGGGACACUGACUUCACCAAUGUCACAUCCCUGCGUGGGGUCUUCAUGACCAGUGUCCUAGCUGAGGAUGACUCUGUGCAGACGGUAGUAUCCUUCGAUCAAGGAGGGGAAUGGGUGCCCUUGCAGAAGCCAGAGAAUAGCCAAUGUGACUCCACUGCUAAAGAUAAAGAAAUCUGCAGCCUACACAUCCAUGCAUCGUACAGUACAACCAUGAAGCUGAACGUCCCGAUGCUGCCUCUGAGUGAACCAAAUGCAGUGGGGCUUAUUCUAGCUCAUGGCAGUGUUGGUGAUGCAAUCUCGGUGAUGACCCCAGAUGUGUAUGUGUCUGACGAUGGGGGUUACUCGUGGCUUAAGGCCUUAGAGGGUCCACACCAUUAUGCCAUCCUGGAUUCGGGUGGCCUGCUUAUAGCAGUGGAGCAUAACCCUUACAAGCCUAUCUCCAAGGUCAAGUUCUCCACUGACGAGGGGCAGUGUUGGCAUGAAUACACGUUCACCCAGGAUCCCAUCUACUUCACGGGCCUGGCCUCAGAGCCUGGUGCCCGCUCCAUGAAUGUCAGUAUCUGGGGUUAUCGGGAGAACAUCUUCAGCCAGUACUGGGUCUCAGUCACCAUUGACUUCAGAGAGCUGCUCACUCGAGACUGUGUGGACAGUGACUAUGUCCAGUGGCUGGCCCACUCUGAUGACAUCAGCGACCCUAAUGACGGCUGUAUGCUGGGCUUCAAGGAGCGCUUCCUGCGUCUGCGGAAAGAUUCCGUCUGCUGGAAUGGACGGGACUACGAGGUGACCAAGGAGCCCACACCCUGUCCUUGCACCCUGGAUGACUUCCUGUGUGACUUUGGCUAUUACCGCAAGGAGAACAGCUCCAUUUGUGAGGAACAGCCUGACCUCAAAGGACACAUUCUGGAAUUCUGUAUUCAUGGCAAGGAGGAACAGCUACAGACCAGCGGUUACCGGAAAAUUCCUGGAGAUAAGUGUGAAGGUGGAAUGGAGCCUGAGAGAAAAGUCAUUGACCUCAAACAGAGGUGCAUCAGUAAUCUCCUGGAUCCACAACUACUGAAGGAUGGCCGGCCUGCCGGUUCUGCUGCUAUCAUUGUGUCAGUUGUAAUCAUCUUGAUGAUCAGCGUUGUGGCUGGAGUUCUCUUUGUCAAGAAGUAUGUUUGUGGUGGAAGGUUCCUGGUCCACAGAUAUUCUGUGCUACAGCACAACGUUGAAGCUAAUGGGAUUGAAGCAGGGGAUGAACCCCUGGAUACAAGUGUAACUGCACAUGGCAGAAAUGGAUUCCAUGACGACUCAGAUGAGGACCUUCUGGAAUAGACACAAACACUCAGCGGGUAGAAGCAUCAGGAAAAUUUUACAUUUUAUUGACUCCUAGCGUCUUGUUGUUGCUUCCAGCCCUCUCUUUAAAUUAUGCCCUGGCUUCCUACAACUCCGGCUUAAUUGUCAGCCUGCAUUUCUUUCAUUCAUAUGACUGGGAGUGGAUUCAACCCUUAUUGCUCUCAUCCUCAAGGCAUCUCGUGAAUGUCACCGUUCCAGACACCAGUAAGGCCAGACCUUAGCCUGAGAGUCGACGUUGCUAUUUUUACUUUACAGUUCUCAGCUUGAAGAAGCGCUCCGCUCUGUGGAGGACAUAGCGUGUUCUUUCUCUGUAUCUGUACAUCCAUCUUUUGGUAGGGGAGGACAAAAUAAUCUUUGCUCUGCUGUUUGUAUGAUGGAAUGAGCAGUUCUUUGAUGUACGUUCACUCGGAUUAAUGGCUAGUUACAUUACUCUGAUGAAAAGCCCCUUUACUGUAGAUUGAGAAAAGUCUUUUCAAAAUCCCAGUAGAUUCCUCACAAUAGGUGUCACCUCAAUUUGUAUUCUUUUGCUAAAUGUCCAAUACUACAGUUAGAUAAUAAAGCCUUGAUGAUUCUUGUUAUAAGCAAUAAAAUGCUUAGAGAUACAGUGUAUCAGCAGCAAAUCAAACUAGGGUUGGUCAGUUUCUGACAAGAAUAAGAUACUAAAAACAUGUUUUACCUGAUACUGUGCUACUGUGUAGAAACAUGUUUUCCUGAAGCUUGAAUUCAUAGUACAGAAUGCAACAUACAGUGAUCGUGAGUUUUUUUUUUUUACAGGU